AUGCCGCCCACCAUCAAAAGCAUCGGGGUCGUCGGGGCCGGAAACAUGGGCUCUAUGAUGACCCUCCGCUUCGCUGAGCUCGGCCUAGAAGUCUCGGUCUGGGAUAUAGAAAAGAAGAACGUCGACGAGGUGGUGCACUACGCAAGAGACGACAAGAGCAUCACAGGCCGAGUUCAAGGCUUCUAUGAUAUCAACCAAUUCGCCAAGAGCCUAGAGGGCAAGUCCGACCGGAAAUUAUUCAUGUUUUCCAUCACGCACGGUGAGCCCGCAGAUGAAGUACUCCGCAUGUUGAAACCCGACCUGAAAGAGGGCGACAUCAUUCUCGACGGCGGAAACGAGAACUAUCGGAGAACCGAGCGGCGCCAGAAAGAAUGUGCUGAUAUCGGCGUCUCUUGGAUCGGAAUGGGUGUCUCGGGUGGGUAUCAAUCUGCCCGGCGGGGACCCAGUCUCUCACCUGGUGGAGAUGCCAAAGCCAUCGAGCGUAUUAUGCCAUUCUUGGAGUCGUAUGCGGCCCAUGAUCCCAAAUCCGGGACAUCGUGCGUGAAGCGCAUGGGCCCCGGUGGAUCAGGACACUACAUCAAGAUGGUUCAUAAUGGCAUCGAGGGUGGAAUGCUCUCUGUUCUUGCUGAAACAUGGCAAUACAUGCAUGAGGGACUGGGCAUGGAGCAUGGCAAAAUCGGAGAUGUCUUCGAUAAAUGGAACGAGACUGGCGAGCUGCGGGGCAACUUCCUGAUUAAUAUCGGCGCCAACAUCUUACACACAAAAAGAACUCCCAAAGGUGACCGCAAAGGCGAGGGAGCCAGUCGGGAUGAUGGAUAUGUGCUCGAUGAUGUUCUUGACAAGGUGGUUCAGGACGACGAUAACACCGAAGGCACUCCACUCUGGUGUCUCAUGGAGUCUGCCGCCCGGCAUGUCUCUUGUCCGACAUUAGCGGCCGCCCAUUACCUGCGAAUCUCAAGUGGAAACCGCAUAGAGCGAGCGCGUGCUGCGAAGAAGCUGGAGAUGCCCAUGCCGAAACCGAUCGAGGGAACCCGGGACCAUAAAGUCAUCAUCGAGAACCUACGACAAGCUGUGUACUGCUCGUUCCUGGCCUCCUUCUGUCAGGGCCUGGAGUUGAUUUCCCGGGCCUCGAUAGACGAAGGCUGGAAUGUCAACUUGGGCGACUGUCUGCAGAUCUGGAGAGCGGGAUGUAUCAUCAAGUCCGAUCACAUCGCGGAUCUACUGCAGCCGCCGCUUGCAGUCCUCAAUGAGCUGACGAACGCGAAGUUUGUGGACGCGGUCGCGCAUGAGUUGCGCCAGAACUUCCACAGUCUCAAGCAGGUUGUCAUAGAAGGGACCAUGUUUGAUCAAUAUAUUCCGGCUCUCUCGGCUACUCUGGAAUAUCUCAAGUAUGAGGGUGGAUUGGGACUGCCAACCCAGUUCAUGGAGGCGCAAAUGGACUACUUCGGUGCACACAACUAUAACAAGCCUCGUAUUCCAGGUGAGGAUCCAGGACCAGUUCACAAGGGUCCUCAUCAUUAUGAGUGGUUGCCGGCUUAG